UGUACCAAACGGUACGUACUGCUGCACGUCGCCCGUUGUGUCGACCUAUUGGAUUAAGAUCAUUCGAGUUUCGUUUGGCAGUAAACGAAAAAAAAAAAUAUUUUAAUAACAACAACAACAAAAAAUUGUGCAAUAAAAACACCCAAUUUUUGGAUAAAAAAAAACGUUUCUGGGGUAAAAUUAUUUUUGUUCCAAAUAACAUUGAAGUUUAAAGUGAAUGGUUCAAUGAGUGUUGAUCUAAGUUGAAUGAGAACAAGCAGAAAAGGUGCAAUCUACACAGGUGUGCUUGUAAUUCUGAGAAAACAAUAAAACAUGGACAGUCCGUCAAUGGCAGUUUCAAAGUAAAAAAAAAUCGAUUUGUGUAAAAGUACAAAACAGGAUUUCUUAAAAUCAAACAUAUUCAUUAUUUCGAAUACAAUGUAAGAAAAAAAAUAACAACAAAACGGAAAAAAGAGAAAAAAAUCCGACUUAUUUGGUGCUAGUUUUUAUGUGAGUGAAUUUUUUCAACAGUGAAGCCUGAUUUAAGUAACAGAAUUUUUUUUUCUGUGCACCAACCAAAUGUCAGUUAUUUACAUUGACGAUCAGAUACAGAAUUUUGAGGGAAAAACUGUUUUAUCGUACCAAAUGAUCAGCAGAAUUUAUUCAAACACAAAAACGCGCCGCAACCAAAUGUAAUUAUCAUAUUAGUGUGCUGAAACUAGACGCGAUUCAUUAAAAUUAUUAUGUCAUUCAUAUGACGUCGAAGAAAAAAAAGAGAAUUCGUAACAAAUAAAAACAUAAAAAAAUGAAUUUGGUUUAAAUAAAAGCGGAGAAUGUGUUUUAACUAAGAUAUCUUGUGGAUUAAUGGGAUUCUUGUGUUGGCAAACAUGUGCGUGUCGAAAUCUCGGAGUUUUGUCUCGAUAUUAUUAAUCUUUGUCAAACAAUAAAAUUUUAUAGGGAAAUUUUCUCUGAUCGAUACGUGUGAACGAACUGAACGAAUAAAAAAAGCGGAAAAUAUGGAUUUAAAUGUUGAUUUAGACACAGACUAUUCAGCAAAUAGUCGUUUAAUAAGUGAUAAUAAGGAACAAAUAUUAAAUAUGAAUAAAAGAAUGAAAGUUCGUAGAAAAUCACAGCGGCUACCGUCAUCAUCGUUAAAUUGGUUUGCAUCGCGAAUCAAAUUUACAUCGUCAACGGCAAAAGCAACAACAACAACAACCAAAACUAUGUUCAUAAGUUUACUAACACUGUGUCAUCUACUCGGAUAUACAUUGUGUAUCGAUUCAUCACAUCCACUUCAACCGCCAAGAUUUACGACGCAACCAUCAUCGUCUGCAUCAGCAGUGAGUGAAGGACGUACGAAAAUUUUACAGUGCCAUGCGUUAGGUUAUCCACAGCCAAUGUACCGAUGGCUCAAAGACGGAAUUCCAGUGACCGAUUUUUCAAAUGGUCAAUACUACCGUAUACCCAUUACGAAGCGUGAUGAUAGCGGAUCUUAUCAGUGUAUGGCACGGAAUGAUGCUGGAACGAUAUUUAGUGAAAAGAUUGAUGUGGUCGUUGCAUACAUGGGAAAUUUCGAAAGUGUUGAUGAACAAAGGGUGUCGGUUGAGUUGGGUCAUCCAGCGAUUUUGGACUUACCACCGAUUGAAUCCAUACCAACACCGUCUGUCACAUGGCAAGAUGAAGAGCAUGCAUUGGAUUUCAAUAUAAAAUAUGCAGUGACAUUGAAAAAUCAAUUGAUCAUUUUGAAUGUUGACGAAAUGGAUGCAAAAGCGUAUCGUGCGCGCGCCAUCAAUACGAUUUUGGGAAAAGAAGAAAAUAGUGCGUUCAUUCAAUUAAAUGUCAGCGGCGGUUCAUACGGACAGGAAAUAGCACCGGAAAUUAUUGUACAUCCAGAAAAUUUGCAAUUGAUUCGAGGCGAAGAGUUGGCACGAUUGCAAUGCAUUGCCAACGCCCGUCCAUUGCAUGAACUGGAAACUUUGUGGAUGAAAGAUGGAAUUUUAAUUGAAAAUACCGGUCUUCAGCACACAUUGGACGAUCCAUGGAAUCGGACAUUGGCAUUGUUAUCAGCAAAUCUAACACAUAACGGUCAAUAUACAUGCCAAGUUCGAUUGAGAAGUGGCGGUUUUCCAACAGUCACAUCCACAGCAACAGUUAUUGUACAAGAGCCACCAAGUUUCUUCUCGCCAUUACGAACCGAAACACUUGGCGAAUAUGGAUCGACUUUGAUUAUUCCAUGUGACGUUAUAGGCGAACCAACACCACAUGUUACAUGGUUUAGAAAUGCUGAAGCACUGGACAUGACAAGUGAACGGUACAUCGUUCAGGAAGAUAAUUCAUUAGUGAUAAAGAAACUAUCAAUGGACGAUUCGGCAAUGUUUCAAUGUUUGGCCUCGAAUGAUGCUGGUGAAAAGUCGUCGUAUACAUGGCUUCGUGUAAAAACUGACAAUAUAGAUAAGGGUAUGUUUGUCGAUAACGAUUCCAAUAUAUCCGAAUUGUCCUCUAAUCAUCUAACAGUCAAAAGUAGUGAAAUUAUAAGAAAUCGAAUGAGGCGCUUUGCUCAGCCGCGUAUAAUUCGUGUGCGAGCAUCACCGUCUGCAUCGGAUCGAUCGUCCUUGUCCGAAAUUUCAUAUGAUUCUGCUACUUUAUCUGGAUCGGGUCACGACGUAACCACUAAAAAACGGAAACUCAAAGGAUUUCGCUUUGAUUCAACUACUUUACCGGGCACAUCGACGCCAAUCAUGGAACAGUCACCGAAAAAUGUCACCGUUCUAGACGGAAAGGAUGCAACAAUUGUCUGUCGAGCUGUUGGAGCACCGCAACCAAACGUGACAUGGACUUAUAACGAUUCAACACCGGUUGAGUUGACAGGUCGAGUUCAAGUUUUGGAAAAUGGUGAUUUAUUGAUAUCGAAUGUCCGUGAAAGUGACGCUGGAUGGUAUAAUUGUAUGCGCUCGAAUGAGGCUGGAUCGGUUACUGGACAGGCAUAUCUUGGUGUGAUGGUUCGGACACAAAUUGUUCAACCGCCAGCUGACACCCGAGUACUGUUAGGUUUAACCGCAUCGUUACAGUGCAAAGUUUCAAGUGAUCCGAGUGUACCGUUCAACAUUGAUUGGUAUCGCGAUGGGCAAAUCGCUCCAAUAAUGAAUAGCCAACGUGUCGGCGUUCAAGCUGAUGGUACAUUGGAAAUACAAGCCGUUCGUGCAUCAGACGUUGGUGUCUACGUCUGUCAUGUAACAUCUCCUGGUGGAAAUGAAACGCGCUCGGCUCGACUGGCAGUAAUUGAAUUGCCAUUCCCGCCGACAAAUGUGAAAGCCAUUCGAUAUGAUACACAAACGUAUCGUUCAAUUAAUGUAUCAUGGACAGGCGGUUUCGAUGGAAAUAGUCCAGUUUUGAAAUUUAUAAUUCAACGACGAGAAGUGCCCGAAUUAGAAGAAUUUAUAGGUCCAAUUCCGGAUCCUCUAUUAAAUUGGAUCACCGAACUCAGCAAUGUAUCGUCCAAUCAUCGAUGGAUUUUAUUGCGAAAUUUGAAAGCCGCUUCUGUCUACCAGUUUCGUGUGAGUGCUGUGAAUAGUGUUGGCGAAGGUCCACCGAGCGAACCGAGUAAUGUUAUUCGAUUGCCACAAGAAGCACCAUCUGGGCCACCGGUUGGUUUUGUUGGGUCAGCACGUUCGUCAUCCGAAAUAAUAACACAAUGGCAACCACCACUGGAAGAACAUAGAAAUGGUCAAAUUCUUGGCUACAUCAUACGAUAUCGAUUGUAUGGCUACAACGACAGUCCAUGGACCAUUCAAAAUAUAACAAACGAAGCUCAACGCAAUUAUUUAAUUCAAGAGCUAAUCACAUGGAAAGAUUAUGUCAUACAAAUUGCUGCAUACAAUAAUAUGGGUGUUGGUGUUUUCACCGAUGGUGCAAAAAUCAAAACAAAAGAAGGAAUACCGGAAGCUUCGCCAACCAGUGUCCGUGUUAAAGCAAUCAAUUCAACGGCUAUAAAAGUAUGGUGGACACCGCCAAAUCCUCAACAAAUAAAUGGUAUUAAUCAAGGAUACAAGUUACAAGCAUGGAUCUAUAAUAUAGCCAACGGCGAUGAAAUGGAAACAGAAGCAAGAAUGAUUACCGUUCCGCCAAGUUUAAUUGAUCCAUUGGCUGAACAAAGCGCCAUUAUGUCUGGUUUGGAUAAGUUUUCCGAAUAUAAUAUAACUGUGCUAUGUUUCACCGAUCCCGGCGAUGGUAUUCGCAGUGAAUCGGUCUAUGUGAAAACAAAAGAAGACGUUCCCGGUGAGGUAGCCUCACUACAAUUUGAUGAGGUGUCCGAUCGUGCGGUCAAAGUGAUUUGGUCACCGCCAAAAGCAGCCAACGGCAUUUUAACUGGAUAUCAGGUCAAGUACCAAGUCAAAGACGAUGCAAGUACAAUGAAAGUUGUGAAUUUAACAGCGAAAGAGACAAGCUUGAAAGUAACAAAAUUGGUGGCAACGACAAAGUACUUGUUUGAAGUAAUAGCAUCCACUGCAGUUGGUUUUGGUACACCGAAAAUAGCCACAAUGCAGUCUGGCGUUGAACCCGUCCUACCCUUACCACCCACUCAACUAGCGUUGUCAAACAUUGAAGCAUUUUCCGUUGUCGUGCAAUUUACACCAAGCUUUGAUGGUAAUUCAUCGAUUACAAAAUGGACAGUUGAAGCACAAACCGCACGCAAUUUAACAUGGUUUACAAUCUACGAAAUCUCUGAUCCAGAUGCAACAACAUUAACGGUUACCGGUUUAAUGCCAUUCACAUCAUAUCGAUUGCGUUUGAUAGCAACAAAUGUGGUUGGCCCAUCAGAACCAUCGGAAUCAACAAAAGAUUUUCAAACAAUUCAAGCUCGUCCAAUGCAUCCACCAUUUAAUGUAACCGUUCGGGCAAUGAGCGCAACCGAACUUCGCGUACGAUGGAUUCCAUUGCAACAAAGUGAAUGGUUUGGUAAUCCACGUGGAUAUAAUAUUACCUAUCGAAAUGUUGAAAAUGGUUCAGCAUCGUCGAUGUUGAGUGCAUUAAUCGAAGAUCAUACGGCAAAUUCACAUGUUCUUGAUAAUCUGGAAGAGUAUGCUGUCUAUGAAGUCAUCAUGAAUGCAUGCAAUGACGUUGGCAAUUCAAAAGACAGCCCGCCAGCACUGGAACGUACGCGAGAAUCGGUGCCAUCCGUUGGACCGGUAUCCGUUGAAGCAAACACAACAUCUUCCACGACGAUUGUCGUACGAUGGGGUGAAGUACCGAAAGAGCAUCGAAACGGUCAAAUUGAGGGCUACAAAGUUUUCUACGGGGCUGCCAAUCGUGGAUCCGUUUUAUUACAUAAAACUAUUCCAAACAAUAACACUUACACAACAACUUUGACGGAAUUGAAAAAAUUUAUUGUUUAUCAAAUUCAAGUGCUUGCCUAUACACGAUUAGGCGACGGUGCAUUAUCAACGCCACCGAUUCGAGUUCAAACAUUUGAAGACACACCGGGCGCCCCAUCGAAUGUUUCAUUUCCGGAUGUAUCGCAAACAACGGCUCGUAUCAUUUGGGACGUACCCGAAGAACCAAACGGUGAAAUUCUUGCAUACAAAGUGACCUACUCCCUCAAUGGGUCGACCAAUUUGAAUUAUAGCCGCGAAUUUCCACCACAUGAACGAACAUUUCGGGCUACGAAUCUACAUACGGAACGAUAUUACAUUUUUAGUGUAACCGCACAAACGCGCCUUGGAUGGGGUAAAACGUGUGCAGUUCUUGUGUAUACAACAAACAAUAGAGAACGUCCACAAGCACCAUCGUCACCACAGAUUUCCAAUAGUCAAGUGCAAGCACAUCAAAUUACAUUCAGUUGGACACCAGGUCGAGAUGGAUUUGCACCCCUCCGUUACUAUACAGUGGAAUUACGAGAAAAUGAAGGGCCAUGGACAUCACUUUCCGAAAGAAUCGAUCCAAUAAUCACGUCAUUCACUGCUGUUGGUCUAAAGCCACAUACAACUUAUCAAUUCCGAAUUCAAGCAACGAACGACUUGGGACCGAGUGCAUUCAGUCGAGAAAGCAUCGAAGUAAUCACGUUGCCAGCGGCACCAUCACAGGGAGUGCAGGGUUUAAAAGUCGUACCGAUUACCACAACCAGUGUUCGCGUUCAAUGGAAUUCAUUGGAAAAAUCCCUUUGGAAUGGUGACUCCAUAACUGGUGGUUAUCGAAUUCUAUUCCAACCAAUUUCCGAUUUUCCAGUUGCAUUGCAAGCAACACCAAAACAAGAAGUCAUGGGAAUCGCUUCGAAUAGCAUGAUUUUAACGGAUUUAACACAAGAUCGAAACUAUGAGAUCAUUGUCAUACCAUUCAAUUCACAAGGGGAAGGCAUUCCAUCGCCACCGGUUGCAGUCUAUGUUGGCGAAGCUGUUCCAUUAGGUGAACCUCGAAGUGUUGAAGGUGCGGCUGUUUCAGCCACCGAAGUUCGAUUGAGAUGGAAACCACCAACAGAACAAAAACAAAAUGGUGAUUUACUUGGCUAUAAGAUAUUCUAUCUUGUGACCGAUUCACCACAAGAAUUGGAAGAAGGUCGUAAAUAUGAAGAAGAAAUUGAAGUGGUGCCUGCUUCAUCGAAUGCACACAGUUUGGUAUUUUUGGAUAAAUACACCGAAUAUCGUGUACAAUUACUGGCAUUCAAUGCGGCCGGUGAUGGGCCAAGAUCAAUACCAAUUACAGUAAAAACUCUACAAGGUUUACCAAGCGCUCCGAAUACCCUCAACUUUACGGAUAUCACAAUGCAUAGUUUACGUGUGUCAUGGAAUCCACCGAAGAAAAAGAAUGGCGAAAUUUUGGGAUACAUCGUGACUUAUGAAACUACCGAAGAAAAUGAUAAAUUUAGUAAACAAGUCAAGCAAAAGGUGAGCGGCACAAGUCUCUUGGUACAAAACCUUGAAGAAGAAGUUACAUAUACAUUUACGGUACGCGCACAAACAAUCGAUUAUGGUCCACCGAUCGUGGGCAAUGUCACAACUGGUCCACAGGAAGGCUCACCGGCAGCAUUGCGUGAUCUUUUACUAACGAAGACGGUGUCGAGCGUUGAAUUGCACUGGAAAAACGGACCAUCUGGCAAAGGUCCGAUUUUGGGAUACUACAUCGAAUCAAAGAAACGAGAAAGAGAUCAAAAUUUGAUUUAUGACACCCGUUGGGAAACUGUGUCCCGUACAACAGGCGGAUCGAUGCAAGAAUUCACCGUUAGCUACCAAACAUUGUUGCCAUCCACGGUUUAUUCAUUCCGAGUUAUUUCUUACAAUGUCUAUGGUAUUUCGUACCCAGUCUAUUCAAAGGAUCCGAUUCUAACACCGUCCAAACUGUACUUGGAGUAUGGAUAUUUGCAACACAAGCCAUUCUAUCGCCAACAAUGGUUUAUGGUUUCGUUGGCCGCUACGUCCAUCAUUAUCAUCAUUAUGAUCGUUGCCGUUCUCUGUGUAAAAAGCAAGAGCUACAAAUAUAAACAAGAGGCACAGAAAACAUUGGAAGAAUCAAUGGCAAUGUCGAUUGAUGAUCGACAAGAAUUGGCACUAGAAUUGUAUCGGUCACGACAUGGCAUGGGAAAUGGCACAUUAUCUGUUAAUGGCGGUACAAUUCGAAGGACAAUGGGACGAAAGCCAACGACUCAACCAGCAGCAGCUGCUGCACUUGGCAAAUCACCACCAAGACCUUCACCCGCAUCGGUUGCUUAUCACAGCGACGAAGAAAGUCUCAAAUGUUACGAUGAAAAUCCAGACGAUAGUAGUGUCACAGAAAAACCGUCUGAAGCUAGCUCAAGUGAUUCACAGAAUUCGGAAAGUGAAAAUGAGAGUGUACGAUCCGAUCCACAUUCGUUUGUAAAUCACUAUGCAAAUGUGAAUGAUACGCUGCGUCAGUCAUGGAAACGACAGAAACCAGUGCGAAACUAUUCAAGUUACACGGAUUCAGAGCCCGAAGGCAGUGGUGUAAUGAGCUUAAACGGUGGCCAAAUUAUAGUCAAUAAUAUGGCAAGAUCGCGAGCGCCGUUGCCCGGUUUUUCGUCGUUCGUCUGAUUUUCACUGAACGAUUUAGACAAAGUAGAAAUAGAAACGUCGACAGUUUUCUAAAAUAAAACGCACAUCGAUCAAUAUAUAAUUAACUGAGGCACAUACACACACAAAAAAUCUGGAUCUCAAUCGACAAUCAAAAUAAACUCGUCCCUUAAGAAAUGUUGUGGUGUCUAAACUACGAACAACAACAAAGCAUAUAGAAAAUUAAAUGUAUUUGCUCAAUUAUCGUAGUUCAAUGCGAUUUCUUUUGAUUGCGUAAAAUCGAAUUUUUAGGCAACUAAUACAGAUAUAUGAUGUGUAUUGAACGUGUGUAAAAAUAAAACAAAUGACUUUUUAUGUUUGUGUGAUAGCUAACAAAACGAAAAUUUAAAGUUAGGUCAAUGGAUUAAGAAGAAAAAUGAUUUAUUGCGCUUUUUCUCAUUCAAACAGUCAAUUAACUAAUAUUGAAUAUUUCGAUCAAUUUAUAAUUUAUCCCACGCAAUUGCUGUACUCGCUAACACAUAACUGGGUGAUUUUAUGAUCAAUUUUGUAUAUAUUGUGUAAUUUAGAUAGAAAUUAAUUUUGUUUUAAUUUAACUUCGAUACACGAAACUGCCUAUUUCAAUGUACUUUUAAGCAUUUACAAUUUCGUGUCAACUCAAUUUCGUUAUCAUUUUAUUUUCUGUAUAUUAUGAAUUUGAAGCAUUCGAUUCGAAUUUUUUUCUCGAUUUUUAGUCCAAAAAUUUAUCGAUCACUUUUUUUUUGAUUAGCAAAAUUUAUUUGCGUUCCAUUGUUUUAAAUCAUUUUUAUCGUGAAUAGUUCUAUUUUGUAUGUUGUGUAAAACUCGACUGAAUACAUUUACUUAAAUGCGUUUCUCGAUGUAAGGAACUCUGUUACUGAUUAUAAACAAAAUAAUCAAGAAAUUUGUAGCAUAAUUUAGUAAAAAUUUACAAACGAACACUAAUGUAAACGUCAUACAUUUUAUGAAUAUCAAAUAAGUGGAAUAUAUAUUGCAAAUGAAACAAAUAUUCGGAAUACUGACCAUGAGAUAAGAGCUGACUUUCUGAUUCGAUUACACAUAUAGCACAGCUUCUGCGGCUAAAAACUGAUAGAAAAUAAUGCCUAAAUUGUUCAAUUCCAUUUUUUUAUUUUAAUAAACAUUAUGACCAUA